UUUGAUCCUCCAAGUGCUUGUUUCUUUCCUUUCCUGUCUACAUCAAACCGCCUUCCCACUUUUUUUUUUAAUAUAUUUUGGCUUCUUUCUCUCCCUUCUGUUCUGUUAGCUUAUAACUCCAAACUCCGCCUCUUUAGAUUCUUCAACUAAGUGGUUUCAGAAAGAAUUCAUUCAUAUCUUCCCAAACAAACUCUUCCAUUUCUAUUAUUUUUCAGCCUCCUGAUUUUCUCCAUGACUGGGAAAAGAAACCAAACCAGCCCCAUCGGCAGCCCGUCAUCUGGGAACAUCUCGGAUACUUCUUCCAAAGAACAAGACCGAUUCCUCCCCAUAGCUAAUGUAAGUCGUAUCAUGAAAAAAUCCCUCCCAGCAAAUGCAAAAAUAUCCAAAGAAGCCAAAGAAAUCGUUCAGGAAUGUGUGUCUGAGUUCAUCAGCUUCAUCACGGGUGAGGCUUCUGAUAAGUGUCAGAGGGAAAAGAGGAAGACCAUAAACGGCGAUGAUCUUUUGUGGGCUAUGACAACACUGGGUUUUGAGAAUUAUGUUGGACCUCUCAAGGUUUAUCUCAACAAGUACAGGGAAACUGAAGGAGAUAAGAAUUCCAUGGCUAGGCAAGAAGAUCAGUCUCCAGCUAAUGCUGCAAUCAACCAUGGUAGUGCGGCUAAUGCAGCGGCAUCAGCUACGGCUACAGAUAAUUUCCAGGGUUAUAGCAGUGGAUUCUUUUCGCUUGGGGCUCAAGUUAUUCAUCAUCCUCUGAAUUAUGGAGAUCAUGGAGGAAGAGGAAUCGGCUAUGGAGAGAAACUGGUGACAGCUGAUUCUUUCAACACAAGCAGGAUCCGAGAAAAUGAAGAUGCAAAUGGUAAUAGAACCAUGGCAUCUCAUCUCCACAGGGUUGACUGGUAGUAGUUAAAGACUUGAAAAUCAAAAUACUACUAUAGUUUUUUUUUUUUUCCCUUUAACAUAUAUGUUGAAUUUUAUUU